AUGUUAUUAGACGUGUCCCGCAAACAAUUCAACCGCUCGGACCGCGUCAAGGCGGUCGACUUCCACCCCACCGAGCCGUGGCUCCUCGUCGGGCUCUACAACGGCAACGUCAACAUCUACAACCACGACACGGGCGCACUCGUCAAGACGUUCGAGGUCGCGGAGGUCCCCGUGCGAUGCUGCCGCUUCAUCGCGCGCAAGAACUGGUUCGUCGCGGGCUCGGACGACUUCCAGCUGCGCGUCUUCAACUACAAUACGCACGAAAAGGUCGCCGCGUUCGAGGCGCACCCCGACUAUAUUCGAUGCCUCACGGUCCACCCGAGCGCGAGCAUCGUGCUCACCGGGAGCGACGAUAUGACCAUCAAGGCAUGGGACUGGGACAAAAACUGGAAGUGCAUCCAGUCGUACGAAGGGCACACGCAUUAUAUCAUGAACAUCGCCGUCAACCCCAAAGACGCAAACACGUUCGCCUCCGCGUGUCUGGACCGCACGGUCAAGAUCUGGUCUCUCGGCUCGUCGGUGCCCAACUUCACGAUGGAGGCGCACGACAAGGGCGUCAACUACGUCGAGUUCUACCCUGGCGCGGACAAGCCGUACCUCGUCACGACCGGCGACGACAAAACGGUCAAGGUCUGGGACUACCUCAGCAAGAGCUGCGUUCAGACGAUGGAGAGCCACACCAACAACGUCUCGUUUGCCGUCUUCCACCCCAACCUCCCGAUCAUCAUCAGUGGGAGCGAGGACGGAACGGUGAAGAUCUGGAACAGCGGUACGUAUCGGCUGGAGAACACGCUGAGCUACGGGUUGGAGCGUGCGUGGUGCAUCGCGGUGCGGAAAGAGGCCAACGAGCUCGCCGUCGGGUUCGAUGAAGGGUCUGUCGUGAUCAAGCUUGGCCGUGACGAACCAACGUUCUCGAUGGACCCCGCAGGAAAGCUCAUCUACAUCCGAAACAACGCCGUCCUCUCCUCGAACCUCCAGACGAUUGCAGACGACGCCUUCACAGAAGGCGCGCGCCUCUCGCUCUCGAUCAAGGAGCUCGGCUCAACCGAAAUCUUCCCCACGUCCAUCACGCACUCGCCCAACGGCCGGUUCGUCACCGUCGUCGGGGACGGCGAGUACAUCAACUACACCGCGCUCGCGUGGCGGAACAAGUCCUUCGGCAACGGGAGCUCAUUCGCGUGGGCGGGCGACUCCAACACGUACGCGGUGCUGGAGGGGAAGCUGAAGGUGCGGGUAUACAAGAAUUUUAAGGAGCGCGGGGGGGCAGGGAUGAAGGGCGUCGGCUCGUGGAGCGUCGAGAGCUUGCAUGGGGGCCCCUUGCUCGGCGCGCGCGGGACCGGCUUCGUCGUCUUCUGGGACUGGGAGACCGGCGAGAUUGUCCGGAGGAUCGACGUUGAGUCGAAAAAUGUGUUCUGGUCGAACACGGGAACGCUGGUGGCGAUCGCCGCUGAGGACUCGUUCUUCAUUCUGCGAUUCGAUCGGGACGCAUACAACGCGAAGUUAGAGGAGGGGGCAGAGAUCGGCGACGAAGGCGUGGAAGAGGCAUUCGAGGUCAUCGGGGAGGUGUCUGAGAACGUCAAAACAGCCAAGUGGAUCGGCGACUGCUUCAUCUAUACGAAUGCCGCCAACCGGCUCAACUACUUUGUGGGCUCCGAGACGUACCCCAUCACGCAGUUUGACCGGCCGAUGUCGCUCUUGGGAUACAUCCCCGCGCAUAAUCGGGUCUACGUCGCGGACAAGGACAUGAACGUCUAUGGGUAUGCUUUGGCGCUGAAUGUCAUCGAGUACCAGACGGCCGUGCUACGGGGCGACAUGGACGCUGCAGCCGAGAUCCUGCCCAACGUGCCCAAAGACCAGCGAAACAAGAUCGCGCGUUUCUUGGAGGGCAGAGAUCUGAAGGAGCUCGCGCUGGAGGUGACGACGGACGUGGACCACAAGUUCGAGCUGUCGCUGCAGCUGGACGACCUGGACUCGGCGCUCGCGAUCGCGCGCACGGUGCCGGAGGCGGAGGCGGAGACGAAGUGGAAGGCGGUCGGCGACCGGGCGCUCGCGGUGUGGCGGUUCGACCUCGCGCGGGAGUGCUUUGAGAAGGCGGGGGACCUGAACGCGCUGAUGCUGUUGCUGCUGUCCAUCGGCGACGGGGCCGGGCUGGAGGCGCUGGCUGCGAAAGCGGUGGAGAAGGGACAGAACAACCUGGCGUUCGCGUCGCUCCUGCAGCUGGGCAACGCGAAGGCGUGCGUGGACCUGCUGGUGAAGACGCACCGGGCCCCCGAGGCCGCGUUGUUUGCGCGGACGUAUGCGCCUAGCCAGGUGCCGGCGGUGGUGGACGCCUGGCGGGACGAGCUGAAGAGCAAGGGCCGGCCCAAGAUCGCGGGGGCGAUCCCGUCGCCACGUGACCACCCUGAUCUGUUCGAGGAGGGCUGGGCGGAGGCGCUGGCGGGCGAGGGCGGCGCCGUCGAUGAAGAGCCGCUGAUUGAGCUGAACGGUGACGCGGUGUUGGAGCCUGAGGGCGGGGAAGGGGAGGAGGGCAGCGCAGAGGCGGAGGCGGCAGAGGCGGCGACGGAGGGGUGA